GGCUCCAAACUGGGGGGGAGCUUCCAGGCAAGAGCUGAUUUCCAUUUCAAACUGCAUUCUGGUACUUUGUACUCCAGCACCAUUGGCCGAUCAAUAUUUAAUGCUUGGAGAUUCUGACUCUGCAGGAGUCAUGUCAGGGGACCCUGAGAGCCAAUCUGCUUGAGCUUCUGCGUGAUAAUUAUUCAUGGGCUCCUGCCUCUCGCUCUUUCUCUAGCACGGUCCCACUCUGCAGACUCAGUGCCUUACUCAGACUCCUCUCUCGCUCUCUCCGCGGCUACAGCUGGACCCUUCUCCUUCGCCUUUGCCACCGCUCCGAGCGUGCACAUCCCUACAAUGGCUAAAACAGCAAUGGCCUACAAGGAAAAAAUGAAGGAGCUGUCUAUGCUGUCACUGAUCUGCUCCUGCUUCUACCCGGAGCCUCGCAACAUCAACAUCUACACCUACGAUGACAUGGAGGUGAAGCAGAUCAACAAGCGUGCUUCCGGCCAGGCUUUCGAGCUGAUCUUAAAGCCCCCGUCUCCCAUCUCGGAAGCUCCACGAACUCUAGCUUCUCCAAAGAAGAAAGACCUGUCUCUGGAGGAGAUCCAGAAAAAGCUGGAGGCUGCAGAGGGGCGAAGGAAGUCUCAGGAGGCCCAGGUGCUGAAGCAGUUGGCAGAGAAGAGGGAGCACGAGCGAGAAGUCCUCCAGAAGGCUUUGGAGGAGAAUAACAACUUCAGCAAGAUGGCGGAGGAGAAGCUGAUCCUGAAAAUGGAACAAAUUAAGGAAAACCGUGAGGCUAAUCUAGCUGCUAUCAUUGAACGUCUGCAGGAAAAGGUAAGAGCAGCAGAGGGCAGAGCAGGGGAUGUUAUCAGCGCUGGAACCCUUGUCAAACACUCCACCACACGGUGGACUUAGGAAGGCUAGUUUCAAAUGUGUAUGUCACCUGUACAAAUCGUUGUGUUGGAAAAGUAGAAACCCGUACAUAUUUAAUAUUUGCCUGAUUAUAUUAAUACUAUAACACAAUACUUAAUAUAAAAUUAACAAAUAUUAUUUCUUUAAAGAAGUAUGUAUUUAAUACAGAAACUAAAUUUAAAAUAUAUAUUUAUCAGAAGCCCAUUCUCUAUGGAACAAAAUCUACAAGGAAAUCUGGAGCAUGGGAAGCAUAGCUGAGAAACUAUUGUUUCGCCAUGUUCUGAAGUCCUCAGGUCUUUCUCAUUAACUCUGUACGUGUGUGUGUGUGUGUGUGUGUGUGUGUGUGUGUGUGUGUGUGUGUUUGUGUGUGUGUUUGUGUGUGUGUUUGUGUGUGUGUGUUUGUGUGUGUGUUUGUGUGUGUGUGUUUGUGUGUGUGUGUGUUUGUGUGUGUGUGUGUGUGUGAAUGCACGCGCCUGCCUUUGAAAAAAAUCACAUCGCAGCUAUGAGUAGUUUUGCUUUGUCCAUCUCCAGAAAUUGGAUUAAGCUUGAAAACUAGGAACUCUGAAAAGAUGCAUCUGUACAUCUCAUAUACAUCUCACCAUCCCUGCCUGCUCUCAUGGCUCUUUUACCUCAGGCACUGCAGGCUCGAAAGACACUGCCAUCGUCUCCUAAGUACUGAGAGUUUACACUCAAACUCAUAAUCCUCCUGCCUCAGACUCAGAGCUCAGAUCGCAGGCGUAAACCACAGUUCCCAGCUACAGUCUUUUAAAAAUAGUAUUUCCCAGAGGUCCUUUAGACGGAAUGUGUUCUUCCUGAGUUUUUUGAGAUCUCUACCCAGAAAAUGCUGUAGGCUCCAAUACAGAAAGUAAAACACUGAGGCCCUCAAAGAUGUGGGAACACAUCCUAGGGAUUUGGGCUUUAGAUUAACUUUUUAAACUUUAUAAGCAGGUGUGCCCUUGCUCCUCCGAACAACACCCUGUUUCUCCACAGCUCACAUGUGGUGGCACAAAAGCAGGUGCUUCCCUGAGAUCCAGGACACCCAAGUUCCCUUUGACAUUAUCUCCUCUCAUCUUCCUUGGUUUACAAGUCCUUUCUGGGAGCUCCUAGCCUUCAGCUUGCAUCACAGACCCUGAAAAUAUCCAGUGCAGUUGCCAGGCAUGCACUGUGCUGAUCCCAAGCUAAGCCACCCUCACCUUGAGUAUCCACACCAUCACUGGCCAUCCAGGAGAGCCACGGGUUUUGAAGUACACGGGCAAACCUGCAGCUUGUCCCUCUUGAUGUUAUUUGUAAACUAGUUCAUAAAAUUUGCACACCUCAUAAUAGCAAAACAAAAAUCAAAGGAGUGUCCAGCAAAGCUCACACAACUGGGUUUACCUCACCAACUAGAAGUAUAGAACUUAGGAAGGAAGAGAACUGACAUCUGCAUAGUGAGCAAUUUUGUGUCUAAUAACCCAACAGACAUCAAGUAGGUGCACCGUAGCCAUUACUUUAGUGACAACAGCGGCAUACUACAUUAUUUAAUAUGAUUUAAUUUCAAGUGAAAAUAUUUUCCUUAAGAGAACAAGAUUCUUUUCCUAUGAGGCAGUCUCGAUAAUCUAUAAGCAUAGAUUUAAUCGUUAUGAAGUCACAUGUGUUGUUACCUUACAUUCUUCUCUUCUGACUUAUAUUCAUUUUCUUGUUCUGAUUCACAAGUGCCAUUGGUGUGACCAGUUACUACUGAAUGUGUCUGGUGAAUAAAUAAUGAAAGGGGAAGGGAUUAAACCCAGCCAUUAUUGAUUACUCAACGAAGGCCAGGCACUUUUGCAUGCAUUAUCACAUUUAAUCCAAUCAGCGAGGCUACCAAAAACAUAUUGUUAUUCCAUUCCACAUCUAAAGAACCUGUUCCUUAGAAAGCCUACUGCCUUGGCCAAGAUUAUAGAGCAAGUGGAAUGAAGGUUGUAGAUGUUGAUGCAAGUCUUUCCCAGACCAAAGUGUGUUCUGAGCUGAAUUUGAUAUUCUUUUUCAGUCACUGAAUAUGGCAUCAUAAGCACUAGAAGCAAUACUCCAUGCUUCCCUUGAUCCCAUGACCACCAGCAUCUUGAUGUAUAGCAGCAGGACUUUUAUGAGCUCCCCAACUCAUUUCUGACCUUUCUUUUGUACCAUUGACUCAUAACCAUUAAUAAGAAGAAAAGAAGCUGACAAUGCUGACGUCACCUUGCAUUUUAAUUAACUUAGAAAAUGUGAUUUCAUAAAAUUAUUACCACAGGUCAUUUAAUUCCUAUCCUUAUUAUAUUUGAUAUAUACAGCCAUUAAAAGAUGCAUUAAGAGAUAAAGGAAGGAAAAGAAAUUACCUCACACUUCUUGGCUUCCAAUAAGAAAUAUCUAAGUCCCAUAUUUCAGAGGACCAGAUUUCCUAAAGCCAUCUUUCAAAGAUAUCUUCUUUUAAAAGUGCUGUUUACAGUGUCAGAAUGCUACUACAUUUCCCUUGAGAAAGAAUGGCAGUAAAAAGUUGAAGAGAGUCUUGUGUAAAUUUAAAUAUGCAUGGGCCUACUACAGAUUCAGGGCCUCUAAGUAUACCUGAAAAAUUAAGUGUGAGAUCUAUAAUGAAAAAGACAUUACUAAAGAAGCAACUUUAGUAACUAGAGCACUUCAUGGAUAUUGUCUCUAGUGGAUUUCAUUGACAUCAUUCUUAGUGAACUCCAUAGACAACGUCCUUAGUGAACUCCGUAGAUAACAUCCUUAGUGAACUCCAUAGACAAUGUCCUUAGUGAACUUCACAGAUGAUGUCCUUCAUGAACUCCAUAGACAACAUCCUUAGUGAACUUCAUAGACAAUGUCCUUAGUGAACUCCAUAGUGAACUUAAUGGACUUCAUAGUCAAAGACUUGCAACUACCUUUGAAGCUCUCAGCUGAACUUUUCUGGUCAUUUAGCAAUUCUCUGACCAGGACCACAACCUGGUAACAUUACUGUGCAGGCCGACUCUAGCUUCUCCAACACUUUCAUUUAAAGUCACAUCAACACAUCAAGAGUAUACAUUUCACACUGUGGAUGUAAAGUGUCCAAAUAGCAGAUCAACCAAAUUUCCUGGAAAGGCUUUCUUAGAAACUCAGAAGGCUUACCCGAAUUUCCUUUUAAAGUUACCUCCAUCUCAGAUGAAGUCUUUGAUUGCCUUUUGCAAGACCGUAGCUUUACCAAUUUGAGUUAGAAGUAAAGUCCGAAGUAGACUGACAGUGCCAAUUUUCGUGCUCAGUCUGGCGGAGUUGCUGUUCCUACUUGAAGCUCCGUUGUCUUCCAGUGCAGGGAAGGUGUUGGCAUCCUCCCAGUUUUCAUACAAGUCCAGCUCUCACUAAUGACUCUCUAUCUGCAGAAAGGGACGCCACUACAGCUUUGCCUUGCAAUGACUGAACAAAAGAAAACUCAGCAGCAUCUGUUCUGAUUUCCUCACAUUUCCAAACACAGCUUGAUUUCUCUACAUACGCCUUGCUUCCUUGUCCUCGUGCUGUUUCAGUGUGUGUGGAAGGCUCAUUUAAACCAAUUAAAUUACAUUACCUCAAAAAUCUUUCCCUAGGGGUUGGGGAUUUAGCUCAGUGGUAGAGCCCUUGCCUAGGAAGCGCAAGGCCCUGGGUUCUGUCCCCAGCUCCGAAAAAGAGAACCAAAAAAAAAAAAAAAAAAAAAAAAAAAUCUUUCCCUAGAGUCAACUUCCUGCUUCCUCAAAUUUUUUAGCUUGGAGGAAGUACAGAGUAUGUAACAAUUUUUCCCACUCCUACCCCCUAAACCUGAGAGGCGGGAAGCCUUUUCACAUUCAUAUGUAACCAAUGUGGAAUCUGACCACCUGCUAGCUGUAUAAACUUGGAAAAGUUCCUCAGCCUUCCUAUGCCUUGGUUUCUUCCUCUGUAAAAUGGGUAUAACAGAAUCUCUACUACAAUACUGUAAGUAUGAAAGAAAUUCAUCUAAUAAAAAUCUAUGUGGGUAUAGGUGUGUUAAACAUUAGGUGACAAAUACAUGCUCAGUAAUAUAGUAUAAAGACCCUUGGAAGCACAGGCACCUUAGCCUUCAUAGAUCUUAAUGAUAAGAUUUACUUUAUAGCUGGCCAAAAUCAUUAAGAAUGAAUAAAAAAAAAACUACCUGAGGAGAAAAGCAAUUUUAAAAUGUUCUAAAUAGAAAAUAAAUAAUAUUACUAAUAAUUAGCAUUUCAAAAUCCAGUUCAACAGCCAUUUAGCACCUUUAUGCAAAGCUAUGUGCCUAUGAUCAUCCAAUGUAGAAGAAUAAACAAACACCAGAUCCACUUUUUCUCCACCUUCUCUUACCUUUGGUAGACACCACCCUGGGUUAUUUCGGGCCAACAUGUCCAGCAAUGGCUAGGGUAGCUCUCUGAACUCUUGGGACCAUGUGGACUAACCCCUCUGCCCUCGCUGUUUCCAGGAGAGGCAUGCUGCCGAGGUGCGCAGGAACAAGGAACUGCAGGUUGAACUGUCUGGCUGAAGCAAUGGCGGGUAUGGCACGCCCCUCCCAUAGUAAAUCCCCCUGCCUAUAUUAUAAUGGAUCAUGCGAUAUCAGUAUGGGAAAAUGUAUGACAUGGUUUAAAAAGAACUCAUUAUGAAAAAAAAACAGAAUCAAAAAUAAAAUAAAUCAAUGCGGUCUCUUUGCAGAAUGUUUUGCUUGAUGUUUAAAAAAGUACCUUGGAUCUUAUUUUGUAAAUAUUUACAUUUUUGUUAAAAAAUACAAGUAUUGCAUUAUGCAAGUUAUUUCAUAAUCUUACAUGUCCUGUAACAGGCAUUCGAUGUUGUGUCUUCCCACUCAAAUGAAUUUGCUAGCUCUAUUCUUUUGGAAGCUCCCCCAUGUUGAACUCAGUCCCUGCCCUUUUCAUUCCACCCAAAAAUGAGGUCAGUAGACAGUCUAUGGUGCUAGAAACCCACCAUUGCCUAGUGACCUAGAUGACUCCAUACUCUCCGAGCUUGGCCAAGACCACACCUAGAUCGUGGGGACCGUGUGCCCAUGUGAACCUCCACAUUUCUCUGCUCAUAAUCUGCUUCCUGCCUAGAAACCACAAAGCCAGGCUAAGGAAAUCCACCAGUCCUAGCACUGACCUCUGCUUCUCGUGGAGUGUGUGCUUCACUCGUGUUUGGGUUUUAGAAAGAGAUGAAUGGGAAGACAGAGCUGUGCUCAAUGAGGGUAGAAGGGCGAGGCUGAACCUUCUAAUGGGCCGAACACAAACACAAAGCUAGAGGGUUCGAGCGGCCAUGACGUUGUUCUUCAUGAAGUGGGCUUUCUUCUCUUGUUUCGGUUAUUUUGAUGGAAUGACUUAAUCAACAUGUCGAUGGCUUAUCUGUGGGUGCCAUGGGUGACGAUGUUCGUUUUAAGCUUUUGCCUGUAGUACAAGCACAUGAUGCUACUAAAUAUUUUUCCACUUGGAGACUGUGAGCUGGUUGUUGCAUUAAACACACAAACGAAAUCACAAACACUGUGGACUUUUACUCAAGCUGGUCUUUCAUUCCCAGUGUAGGGCAAUCCUGCCUAUAAACAAGACCAAAUCACUCCAUCUGUGACGCUGCCGCAGUUAAGGGGGCUAGGCAGGGCAUUUGUGCCACUGUAAGAAUCAGCAGAGACCCAGCAUACGUACCUUUUGCAGUUUUGAAGUUGUCUUUCCCCAACUCCCAACUCCUGAAGGUUGCUGCCUGCAUACUUACUUCUCGUCAGUGCUAUCUUCUUGUAUGUCAUUGUGAGCAAACUGUGAUGAAUAAAGAAUUGGAGUUCUGUGAACUAA